AUGUUCAGCAACAAAAGAACCCGAAACGAUGUGUCAUGUUUCACAUUCUUCCUCACAAUGGCAAUUGAAUGCAGUUCGAAUGAGAGAGUACGCUGUAUUGUUACCGAUUUUGAAGCAACUAAAAAUGAGAUGAGGAAAGAAUCUACACUGUUUGCGGCUCCGUGCAACUUCGUGCUUUGCGAGCUCCACCUACGUUCAAACGUUAAAAUUUUGUUGAGGCAGUGUGGAGCAAGUAAGGAAGUUCAGGACAAAAUAUUGCUGGGAAUAUUCGGGCAAGAAGUGCAAUUGGAGCACGGAAGAGAACGGAUAUGCGGCUAUCUGUUGCCGGUACGAAUCACGUCAGGCCUGGGUAUUGGCAGAGUUACUAAUAACCUUUCGAGGAACACCAUUGGGCGACUGAAAAAUCUGUUACAGGAAAUACAGUACAGUGGUCUGCAUGUCAUCAUCCGAGUGGUGAAGGAAUUAUGUAAAGAAGAAAUAGCACGUAUGAAGCGCAGCAUAAUCAAAAAUGAUGAAGAGUAUGAGCUGAUUGGAAAAUACGCGAAAUUUGCUGUUUCGGCAGACGAAUGGAAUCAA